GAUUUAGAGUUCAGAGAGAGAGAGAAUCCUGAAUCCCGUAGAAGUCAAGCUUCAGUAACAGACAGAAAAGAAAAGAAAGAGGGAGGAAGAGUUGGAAGGAGUGUAGCUCUGAUUCUGAUUCUGAAGCCUUCUGCAUUCAGUUGGAAGGAGGAGGACUAGGGCUGGCGCCGGUGAAAGCAAGUGGGAACAGUUCCUGGAGCUGGAGGGAAAAAGGUUAUGUCACUCUUCCUCCUUUCUCUCACAGUCUCACCAUUUUCCUUCCCGCCUCUCUCUUUCCGUUUUCAUCCCUCCUCGCGUCUGUCGCUCUCUCUCUGACUCUCGCGCCCCUGCUUUCUCCUUCGUUUCCUCUCAAGAGAUUAAAACAGGAAAGCCGCAAGGUACAAAUAUAUGCAUCGAUGAGCUCACAGUAGAACAGAAUACGGGGAAGACGUAGAAUAUAUCUCAUGUCUGAGAAUUGAACAGAGGGAGAAAUACCCUGCUAAUUCCCUUCCACGUUACCACCACCAUCCCUCUCCUUUCUCUUGUUGUCUUAUUGGUGGCGUGGUUUAUUAUGCGUUUCCUUGUUUGAGAUGGGCCUCUAGCAGUUGACCUAAUUUCCCCCAACCAACACUACCAGACGUCUCUGUUCUCUACUCCUCCGGCGCCCCUUUCAGUUUUCCAGAUACAAGUCUUAUCUCCUUCUUCCCUUUUACUUUUUGCUUUACUCUUACUCUUCUUUUGCUUCUCCUUUACCUUUACCUUCUUCCUUUCCCCCUCCUGUGAAUGUGCUUUUGAAGUGGGUCUGAGCUUCCUGUCAGUGCUAAGGUGCAAUUUGUAUGACAACUUAAUCAGCGAGGAAGAGAUCCCAAACAAGCAAUCAGUUCAGAAAUAAAUAAAGAAAUGGGAAAUUCGUUUGGGUGCUCGGCGUCAGGGGAGAGAUUGGUAUCGGCAGCAAGAGAUGGGGACUUGGUGGAAGCCAAGAUGCUGCUCGAGUUCAAUCCAUGCCUCGCCAAGUACUCCACCUUCGGCGGCCUUAAUUCCCCUCUCCAUUUUGCUGCCGCCAAAGGCCAUAACGAGAUUGUUGCGUUGCUGCUCGAGAAUGGUGCCGACGUCAAUUCUAGGAACUACUGCGGUCAGACGGCAUUGAUGCAGGCCUGCCGGUAUGGGCACUGGGAAGUUGUACAGACUCUUCUUCUGUUUAGAAGCAAUGUUAUAAGAGCAGACUACCUCAGUGGUAGGACGGCUCUUCAUUUUGCUGCUGUGAACGGGCAUGCUAGAUGUAUAAGACUUGUAGUGGCUGAUUUUGUCCCAAGCGUUUCAUAUGAAGUUAUAAGUUCUCAGACAAAUGGUGAAAGAGGCAGCAGUUCUAACUUGAGGAACAAAUACGACCAACCUGCACUCUCCAAAUUUGUAAACAAGGCUGCAGAUGGCGGUAUAACUGCUCUUCAUAUGGCUGCACUAAAUGGGCAUUUUGAUUGCGUUCAGCUCUUGCUUGACAUUCAUGCAAGUGUAUCUUCUGUGACAUUUCACUAUGGAACGUCAAUGGAUCUGAUAGGAGCUGGAAGCACUCCUUUGCAUUAUGCUGCUUGUGGAGGAAACCUGAAGUGCUGCCAGAUCCUUCUUGCAAGAGGUGCUAGUCGGUUGACAUUGAACUGCAAUGGCUGGUUGCCUGUCGAUGUAGCAAGGAUAUGGGGGCGUCAUUGGCUUGAACUUCUGUUGGCACCAAAUUCUGACUUGGUGCUACCAACAUUUCCUCCAUCCAAUUAUCUGUCCUUGCCUCUCAUGAGUGUGCUUAAUAUAGCAAGGGAUUAUGGAUUGCAGCCCUCAACUGCCACCUCUGAUGACAGUAAUAUUUGUGCUGUUUGCCUGGAGAGAGCAUGUGAUGUAGCUGCUGAAGGUUGUAGGCAUGAACUUUGUGUAAGAUGUGCACUCUAUCUCUGCUCAACAAGCAAUAUUCCAUCUGAAAUGGCUGGCCCACCUGGGUCCAUUCCAUGCCCUCUCUGCAGACAUAGCAUAAUCUCUUUCAAUAAAUUGCCUGGUUCACCAGAAAAGGAACUCAAACUACAUCUAUCUCUUGGCCUCUGUACCCCAUGCAUGCUUCACCAUCAUGAUCCAGACACCCCAACAGCAACUUGUAAAUCAGAGAUCCGCAAGAACCGUGUUGCUGCAGUUUCUUCAGAUCUUCUCUGCUCUGUCUCUUGUAGCCCAUUCCAUUCAGUUGCAAUCCCCUUGUGCACGUGCAAUGAUGAGUCGUGCCCAUCUCUUGAACUGCAAGAGAGAGAAAUGCAAGGUGUAUCUUCUGACUCACAUGGUACAUCAGUGGAGCAGGAUAAACUAGAAGGGCCGAGACUUGAGAGAGUUAGUUGUUCAAGGCUUUUUUGGAACAGAAGAAGUUGCCACAGGGAACAUCAAUGCAACUCAGAAAUAAAUGCAUGAAUGAUUUUAUACCAGAUGGUCCUGUUCUUUGAAGAUGGAAAGUUUUAAUGAAAAAUGUAUGCACAGUUCAGAGUUAGACAGUACUCUGCCCAGUCAUAGAGAAUGAUUGUUAGUUUAUGUUUGCUUCGGUCUUUGAUUACACUUCACUGACAACCCUGGGAUCCCAUCAGAUUUCCAGUUUUAACUAGAUUCAGAGUAAGUUAACAGAUUUAAGGACUGGUAUGUGUAAUAUUUUUAUGUUUUGAUUUAUUAGUUUAUUUAGUGUAAUAGAAAGGUCAGAGAUUAUGGAUCAAGAAAAAAAGGUCAGAGAAGGCAAAUGGUUUUCAUUUAGAAUUUGAUCAGUUAAUACUAGUUUCAAUUGAUGCUUUC